AUGCCCGAGGUCGACAUCGGAUACGAACCCAAAGUUGUCAGACAUGGCGUUUCCGACCACGUGGAUCAUGACGAUGUUGGUAUGAUCACAUCGAAUUGGGUUGUUUUCAAGUCAGAAGUGACGGCCCUAGCGCUGGAGGGCCUCUAUGGUUGCACCUCGGUAGUUCUCGUCUCCCGACGCGGAGCCUGGAUCAGCCAUAUCUUCGAGGAGGACAUGUCGUUCGAGCCGAAGUUCAGAUAUCGCGUCCUGGAGGAGAUGCAUGAAGGUCUACCUCCGAAUCAUCCUUCACACAGGCUUUUCCAAUAUGGCCUGGACGAUCUCAUCCGGAAACCGAGAAGGGGCAAUGCCGGCGUCAUGUUCGGCGAUGACGAAGAAACUACGCAGAGCCUUGGAAUGCGUGCCUUCAUUGUGACGCCUCGACCAAGGCCUCAAAGGGAGCUCGGUAACGGCGAACUUCUCUCUGACGAUGUUUUGAUGCAUGAUACAAGCAUCAACAGGGGGCACAUCCAGUACCAACGAUCCGUACAGAGACUCGCUCAUAACCUCACUCAGACAUACGGAGAUAUCCCCGUGGAAGUCAUCGAUUACGCCCCGGCAAUGGUCCCUAACGGACUUUACCGAAAACUCAACGACCAACACAGACGGCAUCAUUCAGACAGCCAGCGGGUAAACCGACAGGUGGCAGACUAUUUUUCAAAAGCGCUAGCAGGUACACCGCGAGGAAAGCUACUCCUUCAAUACCGGCCGGCAAAGACAUGCUCUGAUCUGGCCUCGUGGCGCCUUUGGGUCGAGGACCAGGAAGUUGGUAAUCGGACCGAUGGAUGGACGCCCGCGUACGACCAACUCUUCCAGUACGGACGGCUCAAUCAAAACCCUGUUCGGCGGCAGACAUGCCCGACACCAUUCUCGCAAAACACGUCUAUGAUAGGCGCAUGA